AUGUACCCCAUGCCCGGGGCGGUCAGGCCGUGGACAGGUGACAAUAAGUUUGUAAAGAGCCCUACCAUAAUGCCGCCUUACCACGUUUUACCAAUGUUCCAACAUUUACCAGUUCCUCUCGUUGACAUGGAGCUUUUCAGACCUGUCCCUGAGAGAAGACAAUUGCCCAACAUUUUAAAUAAUCUUCUAAUUCCUGAAGUGGAUCAUCAGCGUAUCCAAGUGUCUCCUAUGCGUAAUACUCGUGGUGUGGAAGUGUGGUGUGGUUACAGGAAGGUUUCGGUGCGUUUGAAUAAGAGACUACUGGGCUUCAGAGGUUUGCCGUCUUCAUUUCACCUGGGAACAUGUUCUGUCUCUCGCACGGACAAGAAGCAUUUAUAUUUCCAUUACGACCUCAAUGAGUGCGGAGGCUCUUUAAAGAUGAUGAACGGACAGAUUGUGUAUUCCAACAUUGUGCUCUAUACACCAGAACCCCAGGGGAUAGUCAUCCGAGCUGUGCCACUUGCAUUAAACAUCCAGUGCUCAUACAAUAGAUUUCAUUAUUCCUACAAAAUAGGCUUCCUGCCUGUGGUGAAGGAGCCCAUGUUCCACAAGACUUUUGAAAGCAGGGUCAAGUUUAGUCUUUUUGUGUGUAAUGAACACUGGGAAAAACUGGGGGAAAAUGGGAGAUUUGUGCUUGGGGAACCCAUGUAUUUUGAAGCCAGUGCCGCUCAUACAUCCAAGGAUGAAAUGCUUUUCAUUGACUCCUGUUAUGUGACGGCUUCCAAUGCCCCGAGCUCCACUUCACGACACCAUGUGAUUCGCAAUUUUGGGUGUAUGGAGGACAGCAGAAGACAAGGAAGUCUGUCCCGCUUCCUCCUAAGACAAUCAAAUAUUCUUCGGUUUUCAGUUGAUGCCUUUUUACUCCCCCAAGUUACUGACAUGAACUAUUACCUACAUUGCACAGUGUCCGUUCACAAUGUCACUACAAGUGCCACAGCAAAGUCCUGUACCUAUAACAAAGCAGAGAGAAGGUGGGAAGAAAUCUACACUGAUGCAUCUGUUUGUGCUUGUUGUGAUUCCACAUGUGACGUUGAAUAUACUCCAUCUUUGACUCAUGUCAUGCAAUCUCUGAUAACAAGCGAGCCCUGGAUUUUGGACCAGAAUGAACAGCCGUUUAUCCUGACUAAGAAAGGAUUGGUCAAUGUUCAGGAGGGCACAAAUGUGGUUCAUAGAAUCAGUGAAGAGGAACAGAUGGAAACAAAAGAGAUAAGGGAUUAUAUAAAUGAAGAGGUUGAAAUAAUUGCUGGAAAAGAGACAACUAAUAAAGUGGCUUAUCGUUCUGGAAAAGUGAUAUUUCUUAAGGAAAAAGUGGAGAUGGAGGAGGGAGAUGCUGGGAGGUUCAAAAAUCAAAUUAAAACUGACUUUGUUGAAAAGUCCGAAGCUCAGUUAUUAAAAGCGUCAGUGGAAGAUGUUAACCAUGACAAAAGGUCCAAUAAGAUCCAACCAAAACAAAUGAAUCGCACUUCCAGAGAAGAAAUGCCAAAGAAGAAAAUGCAGCCUGAGCAUUUUGAGAAGAACUUGCAUUUACAACGCGCAAUACAGCCACGAAUGCUGAUUGAUGAAGACAUGUUUUUAAAUGCCAAGCAAGAACCAAUAGAGUGGAAUGAAGAUAUAGAUUAA